AUGGACUUCCUCCAGCGAGUAUCCCAAACGAUUUGGGAGCUUGAUAAUGAUGAUACGUAUAACGAUUUGAUCGUGCUUGGUCAAACUUAUCCUUCUACGAAAACCGGAGUCGAAAGUGAGGAGUGCGAUUCGAACACACAAGGAGUUUUCAAUCAGCUAUUCCACAAGGGGUCGCCAUGGAACCCUGACUUUCUGUUGGAUGUUCAGUCAAUUCUCUAUUUCACUUAUAGAACAAGAUUUGAGCCUAUACCCAAAGAUAGGGGAGGUCCAUCACCAAUGAACUUUGGAACGCUGUUCAGGGAUAAUCCCUUAAACGCGAUAGAAAAUGCAAUCAAUCACCCCGAUUGUUUCUGCAGUGAUAUUGGUUGGGGUUGCAUGAUAAGAACUGGGCAGACAUUAUUAGCAAAUGCUCUUCAGAGGGUUAAGCUAGGGCGAUCGUACCGAAUUCAUACUGAUGAGGAGCUCCUAGAUGUCGGAGAGCUUGAACUAAUCAGCUGGUUUGAAGAUAAUAGAAGAGCGCCGUUCUCUCUGCACAAAUUCGUAGAAAAGGGUCUUCUGCUAUCGGGUAAAACUCCAGGGGAGUGGUUUGGACCUUCCGCUGCAUCUCGAAGCAUCCAAAGUUUGGUUCACGAAUACCCUAACUCAGGGAUAAACCAUUGCAUAAUUUCGACAGAUUCUGCCGAUGUUUAUGAGGAAGACGUUCAGCCUAUCUUCGAGAAUGAUCCAAAUGCUAAGGUGUUAUUGCUUCUUGGAGUCAAGUUGGGAUUGAAUAAUGUCAAUGAGUUUUACUGGCAAAGCAUAAAGAAUAUUUUAGGAUCAAAACAAUCCGUGGGAAUAUCAGGAGGAAGACCUUCAUCCUCCUUAUACUUUUUUGGGUUUCAAGACGACUACCUUUUUUACUUAGACCCCCACACUGCGCAGCUGGAUUUGAGCGCCUACGCUUCAAAUGUGGAAAAACAUCGGUCGGUCCAUUCUGCCAAAUUUAAUAAAGUACAUCUCUCUGAACUCGAUCCAUCCAUGUUAAUUGGUAUUCUCAUCCAAGGCUCCAAAGACUGGGAUGACUGGAAGUCUCAGGUAGAAAAAUCUCAGAUUAUUCACGUCUGGCCUAAAAGGCAGCAAGAAUUUUAUAUGGACGAAGAUGUUGAAAGUUUACACUCGACUGAAGCCAAAGAUGCUCUCAUCGGAGGGGAUUAUGUUGAAGUCGCUCCUAUCAUCCAGCAGGCUGGAUCAUCAAAAGAUGACGAAUUCCAAGACGUUCAGUGUAAAAAUCAAAAUAUCGUCGUAGUUGGAGAGUUCGACAAUAGUGCUACUGAUAUGGAGGUAGAAAACGUUCUUGUAGAACAGGAGACAGUUCCGAUCCAAGAGACUGCGUCCUUUUGA